AUGAGUUCCAUUAAAGUCUAUUAUACCAGCGUGUCAGGCUCUAGGGAGGUGAAGCAGAGACAGGAAGAAGUUACAAGAAUUUUGGAUGCUUACAAAAUAAAGUAUGAAUUGAUAGACAUUUCUGUUAGUUACCAAAUGCUUCAAGAAAUGAGGAUGAAGACUUCUACUCCUAAAGCUCUACCACCUCAGAUAUUCAAUGGCCAAGAAUAUUGUGGGGAUUAUGAAAUGUUUCAUGAGGCAAAGGAAAACAAAGAGAUUCUGAAAUUCCUCAAGAUGGAAUGA